AGUAGCCCCGCCCCCUCCAUAUAAGAGCAGAGCUCCGCCGCCAGCCCCUUCAUAGUAGAGUGAGCGGCGGCAGGCGCGUCAGAUCACGUGAUCAUAUCCGGCUGAGCUACACGUGUACCCGGCAUCACUAUGAAGGAAUGUAACGGAGACGCCGCGGAACCCCCCGUGCCCCCCGGCCUGCACCGGCCCCCGCCUGCCGCCACCUGCUGCUCCCGCACCCGCCGCUUCCUGAGCGGUAACGCGCUGGUGCUGCUCACCGUGGCCGGGGUGAUUGCGGGCGCGGUGCUCGGGAUGGCGGUCCGGCAGCUGGAGCUGGACUCCGCGCAGAUCUACCGCUUCUCGUUCCCCGGGGAGCUGCUGCUGCGGCUGCUGAAGAUGAUCAUCCUGCCGCUGGUGGUCUGCAGCCUGGUGUCCGGGGCCGCCUCCCUGCAGCCCUCCGCCCUGGGGAAGCUCGGCGGCUGGGCGCUGCUCUUCUUCCUGGUCACCACGCUCCUCGCCUCCGGUCUGGGGGUCUGCCUGGCGCUGCUCAUCCGACCCGGGGACGGAGCCGAGGGCCAGAGCGGGGAGGGAGAUGGAGUGCCCCAGAGCAAGGAGGUGGUGGACUCCUUCCUGGACCUCGUGAGAAACAUUUUCCCAUCAAACUUGGUGUCGGCCGCCUUCCAGUCGUACACAACGUUCUAUAAGUUGGAGGUCGUCAAUGUAUCCGGCAGUGAAGUCAACGUGUCCGACAUCACCAACCUGAACAGAACGGUUGUUAAGGUGCCCUAUGGUCAGGAGGUGGAGGGCAUGAACAUCCUGGGCUUGGUGGUCUUCGCCAUUGUCUUCGGGGUGGCUCUGCGGAAGUUGGGGGAGGAAGGAGAGAUCCUUAUCAAGUUCUUCAACUCCUUCAAUGAAGCCACCAUGGUGCUGGUGACCUGGAUCAUGUGGUACGCACCGCUCGGUAUCAUGUUCCUGGUGGCCGGGAAGAUUGUGGAGAUGGAGGAUGUGGUGCUGCUCUUCACCAGCCUGGGCAAGUACAUCUGCUGCUGCCUUGUGGGGCACGCCAUCCACGGCCUCAUCGUACUGCCACUUAUCUACUUCGCCUUCACCCGCAAAAACCCAUAUCGCUUCCUGUGGGGCAUUGUCAGUGCUCUGGCCACAGCAUUUGGGACAUCAUCUAGCUCUGCCACCCUCCCGCUGAUGAUGAAAUGUGUAGAGGAAAAAAAUGGGGUUUCCAAACAGAUCAGCAGAUUCAUCCUCCCCAUCGGUGCCACAGUAAACAUGGACGGUGCGGCGUUAUUCCAGUGUGUCGCAGCCGUCUUCAUUGCGCAGCUCAACAGCCACCCGUUGGACUUCAUUGCGAUCAUCACCAUCCUGGUCACGGCCACAGCGUCCAGUGUAGGGGCGGCAGGGAUCCCAGCGGGGGGCGUGCUGACACUGGCGAUCAUCCUGGAGGCGGUGGGACUUCCUACUAAUGACAUCUCCCUCAUCCUGGCUGUGGACUGGUUGGUUGACCGCACUUGUACGAUACUGAAUGUAGAAGGCGAUGCCUUUGGCGCCGGGCUGCUCCAGGUGUACAGUGACCGGACCCGCAGUCCCAGCGGUGAGGAUGUGAAUCUGACGGCGGUACGAGUGGUGACGGAGCAUCAGCCGGAGGAUGACCCCCUCCUGAAGAAGGACCUGUCCGUGGUGGUCGAUGGCGCCCUCCCCUCAGACAAAGAGUCGAUAAUGUGAGGCCGCGGGGGCAAUGUUUGGACUUUUAGUUCGGAAACAGUUUUUUUUUUUAAUAAUAAUUUUUUUUACGUGGAUCUUUUAACUUAUGUGCUGCGUCUUCAGGGUAAUCGGGUGUGUUCUCCUCCAAUCGGGGCCCAGCGCUGCCUCCAAUCAUGAUGUAAUUGUCUGCCGGCAGGUCCCCAUCCUGCGUCCGCCAUGCUGCAUGGAGCUGGUUCCCAGGCUCCGCCCUCUUUUUUUUAUACGUCCGUGGGUGACUCGUGUGUCUGUAACUUAAUUUUUUGGGAUAUUUAUGAUGUUUCUUAUUCUAUUUUGGGACCAAUCUGACUUUGUACAAUAAAAUUGUGCGGCUCCCCUCCCCCCGUUGCCCCAGGCCGUUGAGGUUAUGACCUCUUGUCCUGGGGGGCACUCAGUCGUCUCGGAGAUGGUGACCCCCCCCCCUGCCCUCCAGGGUGUGCGGAUGUGGGUGAUAUGUUGCUGCUGAUCAGGACUGUGCACUAGGCGCGUGCGCGCCCCCCCCCUAAUGAGUCUGUUACGUGUGGAAGCCCCGGACCCCAAAUUUGAGAGCGUGAUGGGAAGGUAGUUCUCAACAAAAUAAAGACAAAAGCUCUAAGGCCUCUGUUGUCCUUAUUGUC